UGUUAUUUCUUCUUUCUUCUUUUUUUUUACGACUUCAAUGUCAAUUUAAAUUAACCUGAAAUUUUGAAUUAUUACACCUUAAAUUUUCUAGUAACAAAAAUGACCGGAAAAUAUUUUUCAAAUGUCAGAGAAAAAAGAAGAAUUUCUGAGCUUUUAAAAAUUGAAAAACAUACGGAAAUAUUUGCUUCCAUGUGCCCAGAUGAAAUCCUGGACCACUAUAAUGAUUAUAAUAUCAGAGAAUAUUACACGACAUUAAUGCUGGGAGAUAUAUCAGGAUUUACGGAAUUGACAGAAAAAUAUACAACGUCUGGAAAAAGUGGGCCGUCAAAAUUAACAGAGACACUUAAUAGUUACAUUGGACCAAUAGUCCAGGAAAUUUUAUCUCACCAUGGAGAUGUUUUGAAAUUUUCAGGCGAUGCAUUUAUUGUCAUGUGGAAGUUACAGGAAGGAAUGGUGAUGCGAGAUCUCGCAACAAAGGCUAUGCAAACAGCUUGUAUUGUCCAAAAACACUUUGGAACUUAUAUUACCGAUAUAGGUGUCACUUUGAAAGUAAAACUAGCUAUAGCUUCUGGAAAAAUAUGUUUUACAUCAAUUGGUGAUCCGCAACAAAUGUCUCAUUAUAUUAUUACUGGUAAACCUGUGUGGGAUGUAAAACAUGCUGAGACUCUUUGCAGAGGAGGUGAUAUUUUGGUAGCUCCAAGUAGCUGGCAAUGGGCAAAUCCAAGUGAUUAUGUUUUUAAAAUUCUUCCUGACAGACAUACAUUAAUCUUAGCAAGUGCAACAAUGUGGGACCAUUCUAAAGAUGAUUAUACAGAUAAUGUAUCAUCGACAUCUUCUAUAAAUAGUGACGAAACCAAUUCUACAACAACUGCAGUAAAUGAUAACAUUAUUUAUAAUGAUGAAGAUUCUGCUGCUGUUAUUAAUUUUGAAGAUCAUAUUAAAAAUGGCGGAUUUAAAUCAACUAUUGACUACAGCCUCAGACCAAAAGUAGUUCAUGUGACAAAACAACAUUUAAAAAAUGAGUUGAGAAGCUAUAUGCUGAAACCAGUAGUACGUUCUGUCGAACUUGAUGAGCCACUUGAACAUAUCGCUGAAAUUCGUCAAGUUGUAAUUGUUUUUAUAAAUGUUGUUACUGAUAGUAAUAUUAAAAAAAGAACAUUAAUUUAUAUUGUUAACAAAGCGUUCAAACGUGUUUGUGGGAUUGUUGAUAAACUUCAAGGAUGUGUAAAUAAAGUAUCGCUGUUUGAUAAAGACCUUAUGUUUCUAUGUAUUUUUGGUCUCAGAGGUGGUAAACAAGAGCUGGAAGCUCAGAUAGGACUUCGUUGUGCUUCAAAGUUAAAGAGAGCACUGAGUGCUAUUGAAAACAUCGAUUCUGUAACUAUUGGAGUAUCAACUGGUAUGACUUAUUGUGGUGUUGUUGGACAUACUUUGAGGCGAGAGUAUACUGUUAUUGGAAUGCCGGUUAAUAAAGCUGCUAGACUUAUGGUUGCUUAUGUAAAUAAAGUUGUCUGUGACAGAGAAAGUUUUCUUUACUCACGUCUUGAGUCAGGACAUUUUAUUCUUCAGGAAGCUAAACACUUGAAGGGAAUUUCAAAUGUCGGUCCUAUAUAUGAAUUUCUUGAACAAGUCCAAUUUCAAGAUUCAGAAAUGACAGCAGCAAUUUAUCCAUUACUAGGCCGAACAUCACAAUUAAUUUUAUUCAAAUCAUUAUUUGCUGAAGUUCAGAGUAAUUGGAAUAAUCAAAAAAUUCCAUUGAAAAAUAUAAAUAAUAUUUUGUUGAUUAGAGGUGAGCCGCGAAUCGGAAGAACUCGAUUGCUCGAUGAAAUAUCAAGAAUUAUUCCGAAAAAUAUCGCCUGCAAUUACAUAACUCUUACUGACAAUGAUCUAGAAACCCCAUAUUCUUUAAUAAAUUUUUUAUUUUGCACUCCACUGGGUUUCAAAGCCGAAAUGACUAAAGAAGAUCGUGAAAAAAUUAUUUAUCGUAAUUUAAAAUCGAUUAGUGAAAAACAAUAUUUUUAUUUAUUAAAUGAAAUAUUUAAUGUGAACUUUGAAUUUAAUUCCCGCUACUCAACAUUAUCGGACGACGAUAAAAAACAGCGGGUAGACGAAUAUAUUUCAAAGUUGGUUCUUGAAUGCUUUAAAGAAUUAUGGGUGAUUUUAAUCGAUGACGCAGAAUAUAUUGACAAAGAAUCUCUUACUUUGAUACCGACGAUUGUUGAUCAAGAAAGAAUUUUUUUAGUCUUUGGUCUCAAUGACGAUGAAAAAAAAUUAUUUGGGAUAUUAGAGAAGAAAUCUAAAGUAAUAAAUCUUCAAGGUUUAGAUAAAUGGUAUCACGCUGGAUUAGUUUGUCAAUUUUUGAGAGUCGUUGCUAUUCCUCCAGAGUUAGAAAAAGUAAUUCAAGAAAAAAGUAUGGGGAAUCCAGGAUGGAUUGAAAAUUAUCUCGUAAGUUUAAUGCAAGUUGGUGGUAUUGAAAUCAAAAGAGUUUCAAGAGAAAUGCUUAAAAAAAUGGGUCUAGUUACUCCACCAUUGAAGAUGAUUAAAACAAAAUUUUCAUCAGACUCUGAUGCAGAAGAAAUUGAAAAGGAAGAAAUUUUAACACGAAAAGACGGCUGGCGAAUGUAUGAAAAUAGUUACGAGGAAAAUGUUUCGAUAUUAGAUGAGGAAAAAGAAGCUACAGAAGAAAAAGGUGUUUGUAUUUGUACGAUUAGGAAAAAUUUUCAACUCGAAGAUGUUGUCGCCGAACUUGCAACAGAUGUUUUGUUUCUUAAACUUUUUGAUUCUUUGAAACCAAUGGAUCAAAUUUUAUUAAAAUGCGCUGCGGUAUUAGGAGAAACUAUCAACAGAAGUCUGCUGGAAAAAUUAAUGGAACGAAUUUCUAUUCGAGAUAUUGCUUUGUCAGUAGUAAAUCUCUUUGAAAAAAGAAUACUUGGUUGUGCAGCUGGGGACUUCACUAGAAGUAUGGGACCAAGAAUAUUUACUAAAAAAUUAAGAAAUUUAUAUGACAAUAUAAAAAUAAAAUGUGGAUGUACAAAUGUUAAGAUACGAGAAUCGCUUUCUGAUCUCCCUAAAUACGCAUCUUGUACUUUGUUACGAUUUAAGAUUAGUGAGUCUCGGGAAACAACUUAUAGAUUAUUGACUGAAAAUCAAAAGAUAGAAUUUCAUAAAAAAGCUUUGAGAUAUUUGGCAAAUAAUACGAAAAAGUGUAAAUCUUGUGGCAGUAAAUUUUUUAAUAAAUUAUUGGGAUCUUAUCACGAAAGUUUGAAAAGUUCAAGCCGGAAAAUUGAUUUCGAUGAUAUUUUACAACUCUCAAGUCCGUAUAGAAUUUAUAAAAAUUUUAAAAAUCAAAAAAAACACGAUAAUUCAAGAAAAUGGUAUUACAAAUUUAUGAAAAGCUCAGAAACGGAUAUAAUACCUCAGACAUAUUCUAAUUUAAAUUUCACUAACUGCCAAUGUAAUUUAAUUCUCAUUACCACGUACUCACAAAUUUUGGAUCAUUGCAUAGGAAUUGAUCGUAAAGACAAAGUAUUGAUAUCGAUGUUAGAAUUUGCCAGCAUACUUUUGGCAACUUACAACGUACCAAAAGCAAAAAAACUUUUGAAUGACGCAGAUGAUAUUUUGAACCGGAUAUUCAAAGCACGCGACGACGAAUUAGUUACCGUCCCUUUUUUAAAAGGAAGAAUAAAAACACUCAAAGCAAAGUGUGAUUUACAAAUCGGGCAAAUUAACGAGGCGGAAAAUAAUUUAAAAGAAGCAAUACGAAGUAUGGGUUACUGGUGGCCUAAAAGCAACUCGGUAAUUAAAUUAAGAACAAAAUUUUUUUUUCAACAACUCAAGUUCAUGCUGUCAUAUAAAAAAAAUGAUUUGAUUGAUAAAUUUGAUGACGAUGCUACUGAAUAUAAUGAUCAGCUUUCAAAAUGUCUAUCUGAAUUAUUUACCGUCUUUCAGAUUGAAGGGUUGUACGAAAAUGCUCAACUUGCAGCAGUUUGGAGUUUGCAUUCAGCUUUAGAAUCAAAAAAAUAUUUAAUUACGCUUUGUACCGCUUUUGCAAAUAUGAUAACUAUCGGUCAUACAUUUAAUAACGAAACAUUCGUAACGAAUAUAGAAAAUGAUGGAAUAAAAUUUUGUGACGAUAAAAAUAGUGAUCUUACAGAACAAGAAUUAAAGUCGAUCGUAAAAUUAUAUUCGAGUAUUUUUUGUUCUCGUUUGUUGAAAAAUAAAGUUAAAAAAAUUUCCGAUUUAGGACUGAUAGUUUUCCAAUUGGCUAAAAAUGUCAGAUCUAAUGAAUUUAAAAUAUUAAUUUUGUCACAUUUGAUUUAUUUAUUUAUUAUUGAAUAUCGAUACGAAGAAAUUAAUACCUUAUUCAAAGAAUUAAAAUUAAUUUACAAGACUACAGAAAAUGAAUCAAAUCGGAUGCUGUACUACACAAUUUGUUUGUCCUUACAAUUGGAAACUGGAAUAAAAUUAGUAACUUUAAAAAAUUGUGAAGAAUAUUAUCAAGAAGAAGGUCAAAUAAUUGUCGAACCCAAAGAUGUGGGGGUUAAAGAGAAAUUUUACUCUUCUAUGUGGCUCUGGUAUUUAAGAAUGGAGGAGUGGGAAUCCGCAUUAAUUUGGAACCUGAGAAUAAGAAAUCUCGAUUCGAUUAAAAUAAUAACAAUAAAUGAAUCAUUUACUGCCGUAAUUCAACUCGAAUGUCUUCUCCUGUCGUACGUCCAUAAUCUUGAUCGACAAAACAUCGACGCUGUUCAGAUGAUCCUAGCAGACAUUAAAAAACAAUUUAAAAUACUCGAAAGAAUAACAAAAGUUGCUAAAUUUAUUUUAUCUCGAUAUAUUCUUAUGAAAGCGUACUUUAGUAUAAUUCAAUCGAAAUUUAAAACGAGUAUGAAAUUAUUACAGCAAUCAAAAAAUAUCGCACGUAAUACCGGCAACAAACUGAUGUACGAAUGGACAAAUCAUUGUGAAAAAAAAUUUUCGGGGGUAAUCGACUAAGCUGACUUAGGAUUCGAAUUCAGUGGACUCGAGUACAGAAAAAAAAUACUUCGUUUUAAAUGAGGAAAAAUGUUGUGAUUUUCUGCUAUUUUUCACGAUUUAUUUAAAAUUUACCGGGUUAAUAAGCUAAACAAACCGCGGAUUUGAAUUCAGCGGAUCGAAAUACGUCUCGUUUGAGAUUGAAAAAUUUUUUUGUUCUUCUAUGCGACCCAGAUAGCAAAAUGACGUCUUGAUGAAUUCUGAAUGAGUUCCUAUUUAUGAUUUGGACGUCUUAUUAACAUCUUAAAGAAGUUCUCAAGAUGUCGAACGAGC